CGCGUGAGCUUCAAGUUGACCACAACCUGAUGCCAUCGUAAGUGCUCACACCAAACGCAUCGUCGCCCUGCGGACUGAACGACGACGCCAGACAAGACAUAAGCAGGUCGCCGACACGCCGUCGAGGCAUCCAGCCCGCCAACACCCUCCGAUCCCCGCAGAAGCCCAGCUUUGCGCGUGACGGGGACGUGAGAGAUUUGCUGAGUGACUGGCUUGAUGACCAAGAAGCUUUGGGAGUGAAUGACAUGGUGCGCGAACGCUCUCCCAGUCGAGUCUCGUCUGGCCAUUUUCUGUCACCUCAGAAGCAGGACAGACAGCCCUUAGCAAACAUUUCCGCAAAGAUGCAGUCUCCCGGCCGCGGCCGAGAGUCCGACGGCGACAAGCCUGUCAAGGGCGACGUCGAAUUUGGCAAGGCGAGCCCGCUGAGGAAUCCGCUCAAGAAGCCCUCCUCGAGCGUCUUCAUGCCAAAGAGUCGCCCUGUCCAGACUCAACCCUUAGGCACACACAACCGCAUGCCAGCGGGUGCAACCUCUACCGCAGAGCCUCGUUCAUUCCAGCAUCCUGGACCACUCCCAGGAUCUAUCGCGCCCCAUCGCCAGACAUCAAAUACCUUCCAGCGCCCGCAGCCGCCGAACUCGACCGCGGUGCCGAUGCCAACAAACAACCCGCUGCGUACGAUCCCAGCACCUCCGAAGCCAACAUUCUCGGCCUCGACUGCCGGCAUGAACCCCUAUCAGACGUACGUACCGCCGCGACAGGUCGUUGAUCUGACCAAACCCAAGCCUCGAGCCCCGCCAAAGCACAUCGAAAUUUCCGAUGAUGGCGACUCAGAUGACGGUGAGCGAUUCGACCCAGACGCAGAGAUUCGCGCAAACGCUGGCACAUUCGGCGCACCUGAUCCAUACAUGUACAUGGACUCGAGCAAGGCCAAUGAGGAUAUGAAGAAGCUGCUGGAGGCAGCAUUUGACGACGAGGCUGAGAAGGGCAAGACACGUCUACGAUCCCGUAUCAAGAAAGUUGAGAAACAGAAAGACGAGGACAAACAGACGUCAUCCUUGGCUGGCAAGCUUGCGGCUCUGAGUGUCAAAGAAGAGAAGACUGAAGAGAAGGAAGGUGAGGAGGAUGAAGAGGAAGAUGGCACAGUGGAUGGGCUUGCAGUCAAGCUCCUGCCACAUCAGGUCGAUGGUGUCUCCUGGAUGAUCGACAAGGAGAUUGGCAAGAACAAGACGAGGGGCAUUCUCCCACGAGGUGGCAUCCUCGCAGAUGAUAUGGGUCUCGGCAAGACCGUUCAAUCUGUGACCUUGAUGCUCACGAAUCCUCGCCCCGCCUUGGAUGCGAAGCCCGAGCACAAAGGCCAGAAGCUUCCAAGCAAAGACGUCGGCAAAGGCACGCUGGUGGUGGCCCCUCUUGCACUCAUCAAGCAGUGGGAAGGUGAGAUUAAGAGCAAAGUCAGCAAAAGCCACGCAAUGAGGGUCUUAGUUCACCAUGGCCCCAGUCGGACGAAGGACAGCGCAGAGUUGAAGAAGUACGACGUUGUGAUUACAACAUACCAAACGCUGACCUCCGAGCACGCGGGUUCAGACAUGUCCAAGGAUACCGGGAGGCGCAUCGGCUGCUUUGGCGUACACUGGUAUCGUCUCAUGUUGGAUGAAGCACACAGCAUCAAGAACCGAAGUGCCAAAUCGACCCAAGCGUGCUGUGCUCUGAACGCCUGGUACAGGUGGUGUCUGACUGGUACUCCGAUGCAGAAUAACUUGGAUGAACUGCAAUCGCUCAUCAAGUUCUUGCGCAUUAAGCCAUAUUGCGAGCUGCCCCGAUGGAAGGCAGCCAUUACACAGCCGAUGAAGAGCGGUCGCGGCGGUCUCGCAAUGCAGAGAUUGAAUGUCUUCCUCAAGGCAUUCAUGAAGCGUCGCACCAAAGACAUCCUGAAGCUAGACGGCGCACUCAACUUUGGCGGAAAGACGAAUGAGGAGGGUGGCGCGAUGAACGGUGGCAUGCAGAUUGUUAAGCGUGAAGUUCUCACAGUGCAAUGCGAUUUCGAUCCUGUCGAGAAGGAAUACUACGACAAACUGCAAGCCCGUGCAGACAAGCGUCUCGAGCAGAUGGAGAAGGCAGGAUCCAAUGAUUACAUUGGAGCUCUUGUGCUCCUCCUACGCUUGCGACAGAUGUGCGAUCAUCCACGAUUGAUCGAGAUGGCCAUGUACAAGGACAAAGACGCGAUCACGACUGGUAUGCCUGCAGCGCUGAAGUCGAAGCGCGCGGAGAACGAGAUGGAUGACCUGGCGGCAUUAAUGGGAGACAUUACAAUGCAGGCAAAGAACUGUGACGUUUGUCAGAUCAAGCUGUCUGCCUCAGAGACGCGAGACGGCGCUGUGCGUUGCGGUGAGUGCGAAGACGAUCUUGCAGCAAUCAAGGCAGACAAGUCCAAGAAGUCGAAGUUGAAAUCGAAGAAACCCAAGGAGAAGCGCAUCAAGAAGCGUAGCUCAGUCGGUAGCGACGAAGAGAUGAAGCCACAAGCGCGACGAGCGAGAGGGCGCAAAGUUGUUCUCGACAGCGACGACGAGGAUGAUGAGGAAGGAGAGUGGAUCGCAAAGGGGCCAGAGCAAAAGAUCGAUCUUGGCUCAGAUGACGAGGACGCUGACGGCGGUGGCGAGACACUGGACACUAUCGACUCUCAGCGCAGUGAUGAGGAUGAUAGUCAAGUCAAGGACUCGCCAUCACGAGCUCGCAAACUCAAGGUGGUAGACUCGGACGACGAGACCGAGGCUUCUGAUGCGGACGAGGACGAUGAAGAUGGCACGGAUGCUUCGAGCGAAAAUGAGGAAGAGGAAGAAUCGGACUCAGACCAGAGCGGAGUGCUUGAUGGGAUCGGCAGCAUGCGACGGUCGAGCCAUGAGCCUUCUACCAAGAUCCGCCAGCUGCUUCGCAUUCUGCACACCGAAACGCCCAAGCACAAGACCAUUGUCUUCUCUCAAUUCACCAGCAUGCUGGAUCUGAUUGAGCCUCACCUCAUCCACGCCGGGAUCAGCUUUGUCCGCUACGACGGGAGCAUGCGUCCUGAUGCUCGCGAGCAAUCCCUCAAUUCCCUACGCAACAACAAGAGAACGCGAGUCCUACUCUGCUCGCUCAAGUGCGGCUCUCUAGGUCUCAAUCUCACAGCCGCGUCUCGCGUGGUCAUCGUCGAGCCAUUCUGGAACCCCUUCGUUGAGGAACAAGCAAUCGAUCGUGUCCAUCGUCUAAACCAGACCGUUGACGUCAAAGUCUUCCGGCUCACCAUCCGCGACAGCGUCGAAGAGAAAAUUCUCGAGCUGCAGGAGAAGAAGAGAGAGCUCGCCAAGGCUGCCAUAGAAGGCGGCAAGGGCAUGGGCAAUCUCAGUAUGAAGGAUAUCUUGGGAUUGUUCAAGCACGACGCCGAUGUACAGGAACAUGCCAAUGACCGAGAGUACUGGCAGAAGUUUGGUGGCGAUGAGGGCUUGCUUGAUGGACCAAAGAAUUCGCGUACCUUGUCUGCUACGCAGGAUCUUGGACACACGAGCAGAGCUAUGCCGAAGCCUCAAGCAUCGAGACGCGCGCAGGAGAGUGAGAUCUAUGGCAGGAGGUGGUAGUUGUCCGGACGUCCUUACUUUGGCUACGGACUGAUUGUAUAGAGCUUCGAGGGGAAGGAAGCUGGCCUGGAGCCACGCAGUUGUCGGGUUGUCGACACUGCGCUUUUCGUACUUCACACUGAUACUUAAACUUCGAAAAGGCUUUACGAUACCAGGUUGAUAUCAAGGUCAAUCAAGCUUGCAGUGAACACAUCAAAUCAAGGCCAUCAUCUCAGAAGUGUUGCUAAUUGAGCGGACUGAAGACCUGAUGUCUAGCUAGUCUAGUAGUGUUGUUAAUCGUCGGCUGAUACGAGAUCUGCCGGUUCGAUUUCGGUUGAUGUCUACGCAACCAAUCCAAGUAUGGCGUGGAAGCACGCAUCGCGACUAAGGUAAAGCAGAAGGGGGUCUAUCGUCUUCCAGGCAUCACCAACAUUCGAAGAAAACCAC